AGCUUUUACAGGAGCCAGCUUACGCGCACCAUAUCGGUAGGAAGCAAGAAUCGGAAAUCAAUCGAUUGCAUGGGAGUCGCAGCUAAAGGAAAAGAGUAAUAUCAAAGGAUACUGUGGCGGCUUUUGCUGGACAAUUCAGUGGAACCCUGUCAAAAAGUUGAUUUGAAAAUCGUACACCUGCUAAAAUGGAUGCAGCUAGGACCUACGAUGAGGUAAUAGUGUUUGAGACACUGCGCAGAAAGGACGUCAUUCUGGACUUGUCCGGAUCCCGAAAUCCGGACGCGAAUGCCCGAAAACAACGGGCAUGGAAGGAAGUGGCUGAUGCAGUACUAUUAAAGUGUAAAAAAUUAAUGACGAUACCUCAAAUCAAACGAGUAUGGAGAAACAAGAAGACACACGUUAGAGAAAUGCUGCUCAGAGAAAGGAGGUACCGUGAAGCUACUGGCGGAGGCAUAGACUUGGAUUUGGAAAAAUCGAUUUCGAAAGCUGCAGCUUCGUUCACGGAGGGUGAAGCUGAACUUGCCAGGGCUUUGGGACGCGAAGCUGUAAUGGCGGGUUUGGGAAAAUUUGAGAGUUAUGUCGAUAAGACUAGUAAGGAUGAUAGUGGAUCAUCCCCAGAAAGUAUAGGGAAUAUGGACGGUAGGCGGGUUGGUGGGAGGGCUUCGAGGCAGGAGUGGGUUGGUGGGAGGGAUGGAGGGAAACUACUCACACAGCGCCCUAAGUCUAUCUGCGAUUUGAGCGAUAGCUCUCUUGAAGAGGGCGAAAUAGGGCGGAGCAGGCGGAGAGUUAGUGGGCGGGUCUUCUCGAAGGAGGAGGAAGGCGGGAGGGAGGGAGGGCGAAAUUCUCCCCCAUUAAUAACGCCGGAUGAGUUGGAAGAAAUAAGAAGAAAAAGGAUUCUGAGGCAACUUAGUGAUUUCGACUCCGAUUCAAGCAGCCCGCCCGAAAAAAGACGUCGUUCCUCGGAAACCGAAGUGUGUCGGCUACAGAUGGAGCUUUUAAAGGAAGAAAGAGCAAUUUUCACCAAGAUAUCGGUUGCCAUGGACACACUCGUCUCCCUCCUCAAUCACCAACUUGAGCUCACGCGGUGCCUGCUUGAGAAGAUCGACGGAAGGAGGAACGGGAUUGUACCUGGGACAAAGCCAAGUUGGGAUCCCACUGAUGGGGAUCCCAACCUGGCUUUGUCCCACAAAUCUUUAUCAUUUUCAUAGUUUUCUCAAUGAUAUUGUUGUUGUUUCUUAAAUCAGACUUGCGUUGUUGAUUGUUGGAAGCUGAUUUUUGAUAGUUCAUUGUUGAUAUAUAACUGUUGAUUGUUGAUUGUUCAAUCAUGCAUUGUUUGUGUUCUUAUUAAUGGAUCUUUCCCGAGAUUAGAGCAUUGGACAUUUUUCACUAAAGCGAAUCUCACGAUCUCAUAAUUGUUUUCACUUGAAAAAUGAAUAAAGAUAUCGGGUU